AUGUCUUAUUACAGAAAUAGAUAAGAUCUAUUUAGGGAAGAUUCUUUCUGUAUUGAUGAAGACUUUGAGUUUAAUCCAGAUAAUUCCCCUUUAUUAUUUGUAGGGAAGGAAAAUAUUUUUGAUCAAUAUGAGGAUGAUGGCCUUGACACUGAGAAAAUAACAAAUACCCCUGAUUGUGAUAAAAAAUAAUUGAUGACUACAUCCAAGAAAAUAGGAAAAGUCCACCAGAUAAAAAAAACAAAGGAACAACCUAGUAGAUCAUAAUCUGAAAGAAAAAAGGUUGUUUAUAUGCUUCCUGGAGAAAGCAAAAACAUCCCAAAAAAUUUCACUAGAGCCUUAAAACAUUUUAUACUCACUCAUUUUGAUUCUAGUGUAUAACAAAAUCCAGAAAUUAAGAAGUUCUUAAAUACUAAACCAGAAAAAGCUUGCAAACAAACCUUAGAGAAUUCAUUGAAAAACUGUUAACAACUCAAAUAAAUAUCCAAGAUGUUCUUUGGAAACAUAUAAUGGGGAAAUAUCUUUUUGGAUGAAAACAAAGUAGAGCUUGAACCAUAUUUCAGAUUCAACUAGAUCUGGUUUGGAACAAGAAAUUGAUUUUCUAUUCUAUUGAUAUUUAUAACAUUUUUUUCAAAUGAGACAUAUAA